UCACCAGCUUUGGGCCACAGACAGAGAACAGAGAAGUACAGGAUUUAGACACAUCAGAACAACUACUGCUCAGUCAGUUAGAAAUGUAAUCACACAGUAAGUCAAUACUGUAAGUAAAAGUAAGUUUGAAUCAUAGAUACUACAAUAAGAGGUCAAACAGACUGAAUUAGUUGAUUCAUUGAUUGAUUGGUGUAAUCAUUGAUAUUCGGUACAGUUAGUUAAGAUGGCCAGCUACGUCAACAAACAGGUGAUUGAAUUAAAUGAAGUUACUGAAGAAAACCGGAACAGAGCAACGAGGAGUUUAAAAACUGAAACCCAUCUCUCAGAUGGAAGACUAAGACUCUACAGGCUGGCUGCUGUGUGUUUAGGAGUGCUGUGUGUUCUACAAGUCACUCUCAACAUCUCCCUGAGACUGGCUUUCUCCGGCUCUAACGAAGGGAGAGACCAGUUACAGGAGCGUUACACUAACCUGACUAAAGAAAGGGACAGGUUUAGUGACAGGGUCAGUGCUCUGACCAAUGAGAAGGUGGUGCUGCAGAAGAGGUUCUCUGGGUGUGGUACUGGAAGAGUGGUGGAAGGGAGAUACAUGGCAGUUCCAACGAGGAGGUCUAUGUUCAGGUGUCCUAAAGGAUGGAGGAUGUUGGGAUCGAGCUGUUACUUCCUUUCUACUGAGACGAAAACCUGGCAGGAGAGCAGACUGGACUGUUUUGAGAGAGGAGCAGACCUGGUGAUCAUAAACAGUGAAGAGGAAAAGAAGUUGUUGUACCAGCUGGAUGAUGAUGCAGAUCUCCUGGUCUGGAUUGGUCUGACUGACUCCGUUAAUGACGGGGCCUGGAAAUGGGUGGACGGCACACCACUGACCACAUCGUACUGGAAGAGUGGUCAGCCGGACCAUGGUGGUACCAACAACAAGGAUUGUGUCGAGGUCUACCAUCGGGACGACGUUUUGGCCAACUGGAACGAUGCACCAUGCGACCGCAUGCUGCACUGGAUCUGUGAGAAAAGACAGAAAUAGCUACACUACCGUUCAAAGGUUUAGGGUAACUUCGAAAUGUCCCUGUUUUUGAAAGAAAAUGAAAUGUUUUGUCUAUGAAAAUGAAAUAAAAUUACCAGUAAUACAGUGUAGACAUUGUUAAUGUUGUAAAU